AUGAAGGCUUGGAGAGCUUUGCAGGCCACGGCCUUGCUGGCCUCAGCCUUAUGGGCGACACCCCUCGCUGCUGCGAAGGAUCGCCCAACCUUCCACUCCAAAGAGUUCGAAAAUAUACCCAUGAAUAUCAACUACUUUGCCGACUCGGAUGUAGUGCUGUUCCAGGAUAUCGAUGAUGGCAAUGUCUAUCUCUCCAACGACGCCGGCGCAAAGUGGGAGCGCGUGGACGCUGUGCCCGAAGGCAAGGCCGUGCUCCUGACCAUGCACGAGUUCGAUUCGAAGCGCGCCUAUAUCCUUACAGAGGGCUCCAAGCAUUACCGAACGACGGAUCGCGGCAAGAAUUGGGAAAAGUUUGACUCGGGCGUCGACCUGAGCAUCUUUCGACCCGACAUGCUGGCUUUCCACGCCGACGACCCUGAUCGUAUAAUUUUCAAUGGCAUGAGAUGCCAUGGCUUUCAGUGCCAGGAGGUUACAACUUAUACCACCGAUGGAUUCAAGACCAAGGGGAAGGCCUUGCGGGACGAUACGGAUGGCUGCUGGUGGGCCAAGGGCUCAGAACUAUUCACGACAGGUGAAGAUGACCUCGAUAAAGACCGUGUUAUUUGCAUCGUCAGGGACAAAGUCUCGCCUUUGAAGCAGGACCAGCGCCUCAAGAUCUCGGACAACUUCUUCAAAGGGACCGAGGAAGCCAAGAAUAUUCAAGAGUUCGAACCGAACUUGGAUACUGACAAGGUUAUCCAGGGUGUUGUGAGCAUUGCGAUCGUGAAGAAGUGGAUCUUGGUCGCAACUACCUCGCUCAACACUGACGAGAUGGCGCUUUUUGUCACUGAUGACACCAAGAAAUGGAGCCGUGCUGCCUUCCCCGCGGCCCACGACAGCCACGACCACCGUCUUGCGCAAAACGCAUACACCGUGUUGGAGAGCACCAAUUACAGCAUUCAGGUUGAUGUACGGACAUCGAACCAGGGUAAUCCGAUGGGUGUCAUGUACAGCAGCAACUCCAAGGGUAACCACUUCACUGAAAACGCCGAGCAUACCAACCGCAACAAGCAUGGCCAUGUCGACUUUGAAAAGAUCGCUGGCAUUCAGGGCGUCUAUCUCGUCAACAAGGUCAAAAAUUGGGAAGAGGUUGAAAAGAAGGCCGGCGCUGACAAGGAGAUCUACUCGGAAAUCACUUUCGAUGAUGGGCGCACAUUUGAGAAGAUCACGGCUGAUGGUAAGCGCAUUCAUCUCCACUCUGUAACGGAUCUUAGCAACAUCGGCCGCGUCUUCUCCAGCGCUGCCCCUGGCAUUGUCAUGGGUGUUGGCAACACUGGCGACGAGCUGAAGAGCUACUGGGAUAAGGGCAACCUGUACGUCUCGGACGACGCCGGCAAAACAUGGACCAAGGCUUUGGACGGGCCUCACAAAUACGAGUUUGGUGACCAGGGUUCUAUCUUGGUUGCUGUCAAGGACUCCAAGGAAGAGGACAUCUCUGAGAUCAGCUACUCUUUGGACCACGGCCAAAAAUGGAAAACUGAAUCUCUACCGGAUGAUCUUAAGAUCAGACCGUACAUCCUUACCACGUCUCAGGAUUCAACCAGCUUGAAAUUCCUCCUCAUUGGCAAGACGAAGAAGUCUCCGGAAUGGCGCGUUCUUUCUAUCGACUUUGAGGGCCUUCACGAGGAUACCUGCAAGGAGGAUGACAUGGAGGUGUGGUCUGCUCGUGUCGAUAAGGACGGCAAGCCGACCUGCCUGAUGGGCCACACUCAGAGCUUCCAUCGCCGCAAGAAGGAUGCUAAGUGCUUCCUGAAGCAGGAGUUCAAGCAUGCUGUCGCCGAGACUAAGGACUGCGACUGCACGGAGCAAGACUAUGAGUGUGACUUCAACUUCGAGAGGGAUGAGGAUGGCGAGUGUGUCAAGAAGGGCAAGGUACUUGCACCUGAAGGAGCCUGCAAGGACAAGAAGCCAGAUGAUACCUUCAAGGGCACCUCGGGAUACCGCAAGAUUCCUGGGAACACUUGCAAGGAUACCGACAAGAUGAAGGACAAGUACAAGGAUAAGGAGUGGAAGUGUAAGGACGCCAUAGGCGGCAAUGGUGGUCCCACUCAUGAGCUCACCGGCAAGGUCGAACAGACAAAACAUGUCAUGGAAGGAAAGAAGUGGGACGGUUUUGAGAAGCACUAUCUUGAGCGUGGUGAUUCUAGCACUGGGACGGACGAGACGGUUAUCAUGCGCCCCCUUAACAAGGCUGGCCCGAUUUUGGUCUCGUUCAACCAUGGCAAAGACUGGGAAACGCCCAAAAAGUUGGAGGAUGAGGAGAUUACAGCCAUCAUUCCCCAUCAGUACUUCAAGGAUGCCGUUUUCUUCCUUACCUCUGGCAAGAAGGUAUUCGUGACCAUGGAUCGCUGCAAGACGUUCCAGGCGUUCGAUGCCCCUACUAAGCCAGAUAAUGACAUGUUCCCUCUCGCUUUCCAUCCAGAUCACAAAGACUGGCUGAUCUGGAUGGGCAAGAAGUGUGAUGAUGGCGAGUGCUACGGUGUUGCACAUGCCACUGAGGAUCCCUUCGCCUACUGGCGGACAAUUGGAAAACAGGUUCGCCGUUGUGAGUUCACCGGGUCUUCUGCCUACAAGUUCGAGGGCCGCAAGGAGAACCAGAUUCUUUGUCUCAAGCAUGAAAAGGAAGAUAAGGCCAAGCCUUUGAUGCCGAGAAGAAGACAUUGCAAGCCAGCGCCAGUUUGGACGGCAAGAACUACGCCAACGCCCAUUUCCCCCAUGGCUUUGAGGUUACCCACCAACACGCCUAUACCGUUCUCGACAGUUCUACACAUGCCUCAUACUACGUUGACUUUGAAAAGAUGCUCGGCCUGGAAGGCGUUGCGGUUGGUCAACGUAGUCGCCAAUUCAGACGACAAGAAUGGGGACCAAGAAGCUCCAAACAACAAAUCCACGCACAACGACGGUGCCCCAGUGGGCAUAUUCUCCCCGCUCCCGUGGGAAGACAAACCUGGAAGCCCAAUGCUCCCCUGCCACGAUAAGCAAGGCAGCAAGGACUGCGCCCUCCACAUCCACGGGUACACCGAGCGCCGCGACCACGGCAAGACUCACUCCUCCCAAGGCGCCGUCGGAAUCAUGUUCGGCUGGGGUAACACGGGCGACUCCCUCGGCCCCCUCAAAGAAGCAGACACCUACAUGACCACCGACGCGGGCAAAACCUGGAAGCGCGUCAUGAAGGGCACCUGGACGUGGGCCAUUGGCGACCAAGGCGGGAUUCUCAUCCUCGCACAGACUACCGCCUCCGCCUCGAGGAAACAGUCAAACAAGCUCUUCUACUCCUUCGACCGAGGCAACACUUGGAAGGAGCACGAGUUCUCCGAAAAGGAGGUCGAACUAUGGGACGUCACCACCGUCCGCUCAGGCGGCUCUCACUCCUUCCUCCUCUGGGGCAAGGACGAAGACGACAAAGCCUUCACCAUGAAGCUCAACUUCAAGGGUUUCGCCAACAAGGACUGCCAAUUCGACAAGGACCACCCCGAGAACGGGGACUACGAGCUCUGGUCACCAGAACACCCGGUGCAAAAGGACGGGUGCUUGUUUGGGCACAAGAGCAAGUAUCUAAGGAAGAAGAUUGCAAAGGACGGGGAUGUGCAAUGCUGGAACACGAUGAAGAUGUCACCCUUGUACGGAAAAGAGGAUUGCGAAUGCCAAAGGGAGGAUUUCGAAUGUGAUUACAACUUUGAAAUGGACCCCAUCGGCCAGUGCUCACUCGUCAACGGGCUCUCUCCCAUGACAAGAGAGCAGUGGUGCUCUGAACACCCCGACGCGAUCGAAUUCUUCCCACCGUCGGGGUACAGACGGAUCCCCCUCACGACGUGCAAGGGCGGCAAGACGAUGGACGAGCAGUCGGAGCCGGUGGCUUGCCCUCAAAAGGAGGAGGAGUACGAAAAGAAGCACCGCCGCUCGGGGUGGAGCAUCUUCUUUGCGGUUGUCAUCCCUGUCGUGAUUGCUGCCGGGGCGGGGUGGUAUGUCUGGAGGAACUGGAACGGCAAGUUUGGGCAGAUCAGGCUGGGGGAGAACGGGACGAGCACCCAUGUUUUUGAUGAGGGGCAGCCGUGGGUAAAGUACCCGAUUAUUGCUAUUAGCGGGGUCGUUGCCGUUGUGGUGGCCAUUCCGGUGGUGGCGGGCGCGGUUUGGAGGGUUGUCAAGGGGGGGAUGGAGAGGGUUGGGUUGCUUGGUGGUGCGGGAGGGGGAUCGAGAGGGAGGUGGAGCAGACUUGGUGGUGGUGGUGGUGGUUGGGGGAGCAGGAGGUUUACCACACGCGAUAGUUUUGCGAGGGGAGCGGGGGGGUAUGAUAUUGUGGAUGGGGAUGAUGAGGGGGAGUUGCUUGGGGAUGAGGAGAGUGAUGAGGAGCAGGUUUAG